UUCCAAGGAGGAAACAGCAAAGUCCGGAAACUGAGCCACAACUCCUUUCCAAGCUUGCCUCCCUCCCUCCCUUCCCUCCUCUUUCUCAGUCACCCCCCUCUUUGCCCCCCCCCCCCCCCCUUUAUCAUUACCCUUCCUAUUCCCUGGGCUCCUGUGGGGCUAAAAAGGGGCGCCUUUCCCCCUGGGGACUUGGGAACUAGACCUCUCCUGGACUUGGCUUUCUCCAGAGAAGACUGCUGCGCCCUCAGGACUAGACACAGCAGCCCAAGCAGGGAGGCAGCUCGGCGGGCUUGGGGUUUCCUUCCUUCCUUCCUUAUUUUAUUUGCUUUCUGGUUCCUCUCCCCUCCAAAGUUUUGUGUUUCUUUCUCUUUCCAUCCCCCCUCCCAGGGAGACCAGGCACGUCCUCCUUUUCCAGGACCUGUCCUCCAUGCCAGCCCCUUCUGCCCAGGAGGGAUUGCAGAGGGUCCUCCAUUGGGACUGAGGAGCAGGCGCUGCUCUUUCUAGGAAUGCUUUUCGUUUGUCUUGGGUCAUGAUGUCCCUCCAUUGCACUCCCUUCUGCCCAGGAGCAAUGGCAGCACGUCUUUCAUUCUGAGCAGGACUCAGAAACAUGGAGGGGCACCUCUAGGAGGGGGUUUUAAUUUUAAAAAAAUUGUCUUUGAGGUCCUCCUUUUAGUGGUGCCUGGUCCUCCAUUUUGGUCCCCUUGCCCUCAGAGGGACCCCUUAAUUCCUGGCACCUGAGGGAGGCCUUGGAGACCAUUUCUCCCUCAGCCCCAACUUUCCAGGACUCUUUGGGGUUAGGGUUUCUGCAGUUGGAGGAGAGUAUCUCCCUUCCUUCCUUCCUUCCUUCCCUGGGGCUCCUGUGGCACCUUCUUUGCCCCACCGCCUGAUGGGAAGCCGCCCCCAUGGCUCUGAGCAAAGGGCUGAGGCUCCUCUGGAAGCGGGACCCUCUGCCCAGCGCCCUCCUGGAGGCCCGAGGGAGACCCGACUGCCUCCUCCUGGAAGCUGGCACCAUGGCCGCCCUCACUCCUGAAGAAAAAGAAGAAAUUAAAGGGCAAUAUGAGAAGCUCAUGGAUGCUUAUGGAUGCCUAGGAGAGCUCCAGUUAAAAUCUGGCAACAGCACUUUGCAUUUCCUGGUCUUUGUGACAGGCUGUACAUCAGUGGGGAAAAUCCUUGAUGCUGAAGUUUACAGGAUCACAGCAAUAGAAUUCUGUCCUCUCCAGGAAGAAACUAAAGAAGAGGAUCGUGUUUCUGCCCUGAAGAAAAUUUUGAGUUCUGGGGUGUUCUUCUUCUCUUGGCCAAAUGCAGGAUCAAACUUUGAUCUCACUGUCCGAGCCCAGAAGCAGGGUGACAGCAACUAUCAAACUGGAAACUCCUUCUUCUGGAACCAGCUCCUGCACGUCCCUUUCAAACACUACCAGGUGAAUUGCUCUGAUUGGCUGCUAAAAGUCAUUUGCGGAGUGGUGGACAUUCGCACUCUUUAUGCUUCUCAUAAGCAGGCAAAAGCCUGUCUCAUCUCCCGGAUCAGCUGUGAACGAGCUAGUGCCCGGUUUCUCAUACGAGGAGUCAAUGACGAUGGACAUGUUUCUAACUUUGUUGAGACGGAACAGACAAUCUAUUUGGACAAGGACGUUUCAUCCUUCGUUCAAAUUAGAGGUUCCGUUCCAUUAUUUUGGGAGCAGCCUGGACUGCAGGUUGGGUCCCAUCACCUGAAACUUACCAGAGGCCUGGAAGCUAAUGCUCCUGCUUUUGACAAGCAUAUGAUGCUUCUAAAAGAACAAUAUGGUAAGCAAGUGAUUGUUAACCUACUAGGAAGCAAAGGUGGAGAAGAUGUCCUCAACAGGGCUUUUAAGAAGUUGCUCUGGGCAUCAUCCCAUGCAGCUGACACACCCAUGAUUAACUUUGAUUACCAUCAGUUUGCAAAAGGUGGGAAAAUGGAGAAGCUGGAGAAUUUGUUGGGGCCUCAGCUAAAGUUGCACUGGGAAGAGUUAGGCAUCUUCACAAAAGGCGAGAAUGCAAGUGCCCGCCAACAGAUGGGUACCUUGCGAACAAAUUGCCUGGAUUGUCUGGAUAGAACCAACACCGUCCAGUCCUUCAUAGCCCUUGAGGUCCUGCUCACUCAGUUAGAGAGUCUGGGAUUAAACUCCAAACCUAUAGUUGAACGUUUUCUGGAAUCCUACAAGGCAAUGUGGGCUCUCAGUGGACACAACCUGAGAAGGAUUUUUACAGGCAAACGUGCCUUGGAAGGAAAAGCUAAGGUGGGGAAACUCAAGGAUGGUGCCCGUUCAGUGUCACGAACCAUUCAAUCAAACUUUUUUGAUGGGGUGAAACAGGAAGCCAUUGACUUACUGCUUAUUGGUGAUUUCUACAGUGAAGAAUCUGAAGAUAAAGAGAGAAUGCUCAUGGACCACACAGCAUUGCUGAUGACUCCUAGCAUUUUGAAAGCUAUGUCAGAGCGUCAAUUUGAAUUCACUAAUUUCAAGAGGAUUCGUGUUGCCAUGGGGACCUGGAAUGUAAAUGGAGGCAAACAAUUUAAGAGUAAUAUUCUUGGUACCAGUGAAUUAACAGACUGGUUGCUGGAUUCCCCUAAGCUCUCUGGGGUUUCAGAAUUUCAAGAUGACCAUUGUCCUGCUGACAUAUUUGCUGUGGGAUUUGAGGAGAUGGUGGAGUUAAAUGCUGGGAAUAUUGUGAAUGCUAGCACAACUAAUAGGAAGAUGUGGGGUGAACAGCUUCAGAAAGCACUUUCAAGGACACACCGAUACAUUUUGUUGACCUCGGCACAACUUGUUGGUGUUUGCCUUUUCAUCUUUGUACGACCUUACCAUGUCCCCUUCAUCAGGGAUAUCGCAGUGGACACAGUGAAGACUGGGAUGGGAGGGAAAACUGGGAAUAAAGGAGCAGUUGCCAUUCGUUUCCAGUUUCAUAGCACCAGUUUAUGUUUUAUAUGCAGUCACUUGACAGCUGGUCAAUCUCAGGUGAAAGAAAGAAAUGAGGACUACAAAGAGAUCACUCAGAAGCUGAGUUUUCCACUGGGAAGAAAUACGUUUUCUCAUGACUAUGUGUUCUGGUGUGGUGACUUUAACUAUCGCAUUGACUUGACUUAUGAAGAAGUAUUUUAUUUCCUCAAACGGCAAGAUUGGACAACACUCCUGGAAUUUGAUCAACUGCAGCAGCAGAAAUCCAGUGGAAAAAUUUUUAAGGAUUUUCAUGAAGGAACUAUAAAUUUUGGUCCAACAUACAAAUAUGAUGUUGGUUCAGAGGCUUAUGAUACCAGUGAUAAAUGUAGAACUCCAGCCUGGACUGACAGAGUUCUCUGGUGGAGGAAGAAACUCCCUAUUGAUAAAACAGCUGGGGAGAUCAAUCUUUUUGACACUGAUCUCAGUACCGAAACCAAAGUGAGACCCAUUUGGUCCCCUGGUGCCUUGAUGUAUUAUGGAAGAGCUGAACUCCAGGCCAGUGAUCACAGGCCUGUUUUAGCCAUUGUGGAAGUGGAAGUCCAAGAGGUUGAUGAAGCUUCUCGAGAGAGAAUUUUCCAAGAAGUGUCAUCCUUCCAGGGUCCUUUAGAUGCCACAGUAGUGGUGACACUGCUGGCACCAUCCCCUGAAGAGAAAGAUGAAUUUCCUGAGGACCUGCGUACUGAGCUUAUGCAAAUCUUUGAGACUUAUGGCAUUGUUGUGCUUGUCAGAAUCAAUGGAGGUGAAAUGUUGGUUACAUUUGCAGAAAGCAGGUCCGCUCUUCAAGUUCUUGAUGUAGAUGGUGUCAAGAUUAAAGGCAAGACCGUGAAGAUUUGGCCUAAAACCAAGGACUGGCUAAAGGGCCUGCAGGAGGAGAUCACAAGGAAACGAGACAGCAUGGCUCCAAUGUCUCCCACAGCAAACUCAUGUCUACUAGAAGAAAAUUUUGAUUUCUCAAGUCUAGAUUAUGAAUCAGAAGGUGAUAUCCUAGAUGAUGAAGAUGAUUAUUUGGAUGACAUGUUACCACAGUAUCCUCCUGCAGCAGACUUGGCAGUGGAAGAUUUUCUGGAUGGGCCUGACUGUGUAACGGUAGCCUCAGUGACACAUUCAAACAAAUCUUAUCCCGCUGGAAGAAAGUUGCAUCCAUAUAAAGAUGAUGCUGACCUGGGUGAACUGAAACAAGAGCUAGAAGGAAGUGGCGAGUUUCGUCAUCGUUCCCCAAGCAGGUCUCUUUCUGUCCCUGGUAGGCCUCGGCAAACUCAGCCACCACAGCGACCUCCUCCUCCAACUGGAGUAUCUGUUAAAAAAUCCCCAUCGGAUGGUUGCAUCACUUCAGGAGGCCCUCACUCUCUCUCCUCUAUCCUACAGACAGCAAAGCUUCUUCCAGGGGCACCACAGCAACCACCAAAAUCACGGACUGGAAUUAGUAAACCUUACAACGUCAAACAAAUCAAAACCACCACUCCCCAGGAAGCAGAGGAAGCCAUUCGAUGUCUGAUGCAAGCAAAAGGAGUGACACCAGAGGAAGCUGUGGCACCUAUUCAAAGAACUCAAAGUGUCACAAAACCUGAAACCUUCCCCAGUGUUUCAAAGCAAGCACCGCUUCACAGCCUGCCACCCGUUCUGACACUCGUACCUCAGCGUCCUCCACCCAAAGUUCCAGCUAAUAAGAAACUGGUACCCUUGCAAAGAAUAGGAGGGAAGUCUGGAUGUGCAAGUGCUGGGCCUCCAUCUCCAGAAGAACCAUGUGAAGAGUCAACAAGUCACCAGUCCUUUGCACUACCAGAAUCUCACCUUGAAGCCAGAGCCAUUACUAGUCCAACAAGGGUAGCUCCUGUUCCUAAGCCAAGAACAAUUCCCCCUUGCAAAGUCCUUGAGAGGAGGAGGAGGAGGAGCAGUGAAAGGCAGCCAGCUGCACUCUGUCUUUUAGAGGAAAGUUCUCAUAGUCCUUCUUCAAAUUCCAUCUACACUCCAAGAGUUCCACCAAGGAGAAAGAAAUCUGCUCCCCCAGAUUUUCAUCUGCAGGUACUCCAAAGCAAUGACAGUCUCUUUCAUAAGGGUCUGACAUUCAAUUCCAACAAUAACAACAGUCCAUCAGAAUAUUGUUCUAAAAGUCAAGAUUCUGACACACUCCCACUCUCUCCUACUGCUUCUUUUGUUCCUGCAACAGCAGUCACACCUAGCCCAGUCAAGAAUGGCUCUAAAGUGUUGAGGCCACACACUUCAGCAUUAACUGGCAGCCAACAUGUUCCUCCUACUUUGUACAUGCACCCGCAGCUUUCAGACAAUGAUGGCCUUAUGAGAAAUACCAAUCUAUUAGACCUAGAGGUUGACUUUGCUGUUUAUCAGCCAUUAGUGGUCAGUCCCAGCCAUGUUCCAGAAGACUUGAAACUUCCCAGUCCAAAAGAUUUCAGGCACUGGGUUACAUUUGGAGAAGACGGCAAUAGUGACACAAGACCUCAUGGAUCAAAUGAACUGCUUCCCAUUAAGAAAACCCAGAAUGCUUGUGAAGACACAAGCUCUGUUUUAAAUUUAUGAGCAUAUUUUCUUGCUUUUUCAAUGGAAGAGCAGUAACAUUAUGAUGAUGAUAAGAAUGAUAAUAACAAAACAAGAUUCUUUAAAACAAUUUGGUUUACUGUGAGAUAAGAUGCAAGCAAAUGUGUUAUGGUACUUCACACUCCCCUUAUGGUGAUUCAACUCCUGUGCUAAAAUCAGUGGCUGUACUGGUACUGCUAUAAUUACUCCUCAUUUGCACUUUGCUCAAUUUCUUUUCAUGAAAAACAGGAUCUUGUCUUAAAACCACAUCUUCUGCAAAAUAACUCUAUUAAACUUGCUGAGAUUUAAUUGUGGUAAACAUGCUUUAGAUCAACUUGCACAUCCCAGAACUCUCUGCCCUUUCCUUUUUAUGCUUCUUCACAUCUGUGAGGUUUGGGAAGGAGUUUUAAACAGAUGGGCUCAGUCCAGCAAGCUCUCUGCAGUGCAUCAAUUCCUGCAUGGGAGGACAUUUUCUGAUUGCAUCAGGGAUUCAAGCAUAUAAUAAUUUGAAGGUGGUGGACAUAAAAGUAAUUACUCACAUAUAUUCUUAGGCUGCUUUACACAAGUGCAGCAACCAAGGAUGGUGAGGACUGAGGAUUGCUAUCCUUGUUGAAGGCCUGAGUAGCAACAGCACUAAUGGACAGAAAAUUGUAUUUCAGAAAAUGAGAACCUCACUUACAUGAUAGCAAAAUAACAUAGCCUCUGAGCCAUGUGGUCACAGCUCCAUCCCUACUUUGAAUUUCAUCCUGAGUGGUGAAUGCCAAGGAAUUACUCCUACAUAGCUCUCAAUAAGUCAGUUUGUUGCUGAAUUUUGUUGUAGCCACUGACCCAGGUUCUGUAUGGGUCAGUAGGAUCAAGACUGGUUGCUAUAGAACAAAGUAGGGAACUAUGGAUGACUCUCUCUCUCUCUCGUGUGUGUGUGUGUGCCUUCAAGUCAUUUCCAACUUAUGGCAACCCUAAGGCUACCCUACUAUGAAAUUUUCUGGGCCAGAUUGUUUAGAGGUUUGCCAUUGCCUUCCCUUGAGGCUGAUCUCAUGAUCUAGCUGGAAAUCGAAACGUGGUCUCCAGAGUUGUAGCCCAACACCCAAACUACUAUGCCAUGGGAAGCUAGGGGGCUGUACUGGCCCCCUAGAACUGGGGGGGGGGGAGGCACACAUGUUCAAGCAAACAAACAAAGUUUUACCCCCAAAUUCCUCUAGAGGGUGUAGGGACAUUUUUAUCGCAUUUUAUCAUGUUCCCAGAAAGGCCCCUCCUGGACCUAAAUUGGCCUAGGACCCUACAAAAUGUGGUGGAAACAUGCCAACAUCCUCUAGUGGCAUUUUGGGACAAAAACCCCCUGGGGACCACAAAAACAGCCAAGGGGGACAUAGUCUGCUCCUGGGCUGCACUUUGCCCAUCCCUGCCAUAGAAGAAAAGAGACACAUGGAUGUACAUAGAAAAUGUCACACAGAGAUGUUUAAGAGGCCUCUAUGACAAAGGCUGACUAGCUUUGACCCUUUGGGGCUAAACCGAAAAUUAAACUCACUCAGGCUAGGAUCAGUGGGACUGUAUUGGAGAAAAUGUAGUGUGAGCAUGAAAGAGAAAAGGAUGUAAGAAAGAAGCAUGGAAUAGUUUACCUGGGAAUCUCAUGAAGUUAUCCAGUCUUGUUUCUGAGCAAGACUGGCAAUUUAUUAGUGGCAAGGCUCCAUUACUUUUACUAAAUAAAUAAUGGAAUUAAUUUAAUUGGUUUUAAAUAAUGCAUAUAUGGGGUCUGUAUAAUGUACUUGGGAGUCUUUGUUUUGAAUUGAGUCUCUCUAUAAUACUAUUAAACUUUUUUUUAAGAAAUCGGACUUGUUCUACAGAUUUUUUCUGAAGUCCAGUGGCUAAAUGUGUAGUGAGCUUCUCGCUUACUUUAGAUACUAAAAAAGAUGAAGGUGAACUGGUGUGUGUGUCUCAGGUAUGUACUUGUAUGUAUAUCAUAUCCUGCUAUGUGUCUCAUUAAUCAACACAGAUUUAGAACUAUAAAAACCUAGAGAGCCCUAACUGCAUUUUAUGCACUAGUCAUUGUUGGAUGAUACCUAAAGCCCAUCUAGUCUACUUUUUAACAGGCUAGCCAGGUAGUUCUGGGAUACACAUAAGCAGGGCAUAAAGAUAAAAAAUAUUAUUUUUGAUCUGAAUUAAGAAAAUGCAGUCUGGCUGAGAUGCUGUUGAUUGGCAUGACUAUGCUGGCACAGGUGAUGGGAGUUCAAUGGCUGCAGUUUCAAAGGUAUGGAGUAAGACAGAGGAAGAAAGCCAUUGUGGUUAGGCAAACGUUAUCCUGCUGGCUCCCAAAAAAAAGCUCUCCCCUCCAUCAUCCCACUGCCACUGUUCACCCCUGCAAAAAGUACACUUUUCAGACAUAUCAUUAUGCUGGCAUAUUGCACCAACAAGAUUGCAAUUUUUAAAUAAGAUUUGUAUCAACUCUGCAUUGAGGCU